AUGAGUCGUCGAAGAAAUGACUCAGUAACUGAGCAACUCUCUUCACUAAAACAAGAGCGAACAUCAGUGGAACGAAACAUGCUAAGCAUAAAGGCGAAAGUAGAGAAGGAAUUAGCGUUUGUGGAUGUUAACAUUUUAGAAUGUCGACUGCAAAUUUUGGAAUCGUAUUUUACAGAAGUUUGUCAAAUACAAAGUAAAAUUGAACGAGCAUGUCCGGAUGAUGAUAGGCGUAGCAAAUUAGAGGACAUAUAUCUCAGCAUAAAAUCACUUAUUGUGUCCACAAUCAACAAUAAAAAAAUAAAGCCGAUACAUGAAUCAAGUGUAUUGAAUUCGUCGAUUUUAAACAACUCCUCACAUCAUAGUCGUUUACCAGCAUUGAAAUUGCCAAGAUUUGAUAAUAUGACGAAGGGCGACUCAAUCACACUCAGGCAUAUUGUAGAUACAGUGUCUGCUUUAUUCGGUUCACUUCUAUCGUUGGGUUCGGAAGCAGACAUUCUGAACGCCAUAAUUAUUCAUUUAGUAUUGUCUAAAGUGGAUAACGAAACUAAAAUUUUUUAUGAUUCUCAGCAAGAUUUUGAGUCAUUGCCAUCUUGGGAAAGUUGCUACACACUUUUGAGUCGAAGAUGUCAAUUUCUGGAAAGCAAUUCGAAAAGAUACAAUAAUGAUAAAGUAAAUGAUACCGAAAAUAAUUCUUUUAACAGAAAAUUGACCACAUUUGUUAACACCAAAAUCAAUUGUAUGAAGUGUAAUGGAGGAGACCACAGCCUAGGAUCAUGUCCAUCGUUUGUAAAACUGACUUUUAACGACAAAUUCAAAUUCGUAAAAGAUCUUUCUGUUUGCUUAAAUUGUCUACGCAAAGGGCACGUCGUUAAAAAUUGUCAAUCCACAGCUCGCUGUCGAAUAGGCAAUGGUAUGCAUCAUACGUGUUUGCAUAAAUUCAAACCCAUUGAGCAAAAUGUGAGACCAAAUUUGUCAGACAGUCCACCUGGACAACUAAAUUUUCCGCAAUCUCCAUCAAUUUCUCUAGUAUCGGGUACUAAACAACGAUCAUUAAUUCCCACAGCUGUAGUACUUAUUAACGAUAAAUACGGUUUAUACCAACCUAUACGAGCAUUACUGGACUCUUGUUCAGAGAUAAGUUUUAUCAAGGAAAAGAUGGCAAAGCAACUUCAAUUACCAUUUGAGCGAAUAAACCAGGAAGUGUCAGGCAUUGGUGAUGUUAGAACACAAAUUCGCCAUUCAAUAACUGCAACUAUAAAAUCUCGAAUAUCAAAAUUUGAAUGGUCAUCGCAAUUCGCUGUCACUAAACGCAUCUCAUUGAACCAUCCAGAGCAGUUGAUAGACACAACAUCGUGGAAUUUUCCUGAAGGCCUUGUUUUAGCUGAUCCAUUAUUUUUAAAACCACAACACAUUGACUUAUUAAUAAGUACGCAGGGAUUUUUUGAAUUAAUAUUAGAUGGGAAAAUUUCGUUAGGCACCAGCCUUCCAUGUUUAUUAAAUACCGAAUUAGGGUGGAUCAUCGGAGGACAAUAUAAAAAUACGCCUACUGUCCGGGAGGAGUUGGAUUGUGAGAAACAUUUUGUAGAAAAUACCACAAUUAUAAGCAAUGGUCAAAUACAAGUUCGAUUACCAUUUAAAGAGUCUCCAGAAGUCUUAGGUGAAUCAUUUGAAAUGGCGAAACGAAGAUUCCUUUCACUUGAGCGUCGAUUAGAGCGUCAGCAGACUCUCAAAGAGGAUUAUGUUAAGUUCAUGCAAGAAUAUUUGAUGUUAGGUCAUAUGAGUCGUGUCGACAACUUUGACAAUAUCACACCGCACUAUAUAAUACCUCAUCAUUGCAUAUUGCGGCCUCAAAGUACCACAACAAAAUUACGCGUCGUAUUUGAUGCAUCUGCACGCACAUCAACGGGUCGAUCACUUAAUGAAAUCUUAAUGGUGGGACCUACAAUUCAGCAGGAUCUUAUUUUGACAUUAUUGACAUUUCGUUUACAUCGCUAUGCACUGACUGCGGAUAUAUCAAAAAUGUAUCGACAGUUUGUAGUUGAUCCAAGAGAUCGUAAUUUUCAAUUAGUUAUUUGGAGAAAUACUGUUAAUGAACCUCUGCAACUUUUUCAGCUCAACACAGUAACUUACGGAAUGUCAGCAGCACCAUUUCUGGCCAUCAGAAGCCUGACUUACCUUGCAAAUGCGUAUAAAAAGGAGAUGCCAAUUGGAGCUUCAGUUUUGAGCAAUGACUUGUAUGUUGAUGACUUGCUAACGGGAGCAGACACAGCUGAAGAGCUUUGCAUCAAAGUAUCACAAGUGAAUAAAAUAGCAGCAAAUGCAGGAUUACAAUUGGCAAAAUGGAGCUCCAACCACAAAAAUUGGGUAAACUCAAGUGACGAAUACCAAAUUCUUUUAAACGAAGAUGAUAUUACCAAAACUCUCGGUUUGGCGUGGAGGCCAUCAGAUGACGUUUUUUGCUUUCAAUAUAAGCAACAAGAGUCAAAGGCUGCGACCAAACGUACUAUUUUAUCAGUUGUUGCUCGAAUUUUUGAUCUUUUAGGACUAUUGAGUCCUAUUGUUAUACGGUGUAAAAUCUUAAUACAGGAAUUAUGGAUUCAUUAA